AUUGCUUCACUUGGUUUGUCCCUUUGGAAAUGAGAAUGCUGUCCCUUCAAUCCUUGUCUUGGUCCCUACUCAUAAACCCUAGAAGCCCUUCUUCUCUUCGGCAACUCAGAGCCACAGCUCAUGCUUAUUCUCAUCCCAGUUCCAACUCAGAUGACCUCAGCGAGCCCUCUCCCGCCCGCCCCAGCAACUAUUCCGGCGUCAAAAUUGAGGAGAAGGUGGCAUUGGAUUCCGGGAAGCUUCGGCUGGACUCAUGGAUUGCUUCCCGAAUUAACGGCAUCAGCAGAGCCAGAGUCCAGUCCAGCAUUCGCUCUGGAUUGGUGUCUGUCAAUGGCCGCGUCAUCAAUAAGGCCUCGCAUAUGGUGAGAUUGGGGGACAUGGUGGAUUGUACGAUAGCCGAGUUGCAGCCUCUGAGGGCUGAACCCGAGGAUAUUCCGUUGGACAUAGUGUACGAAGACGAGCAUGUGAUUGUUGUCAACAAGCCUGCUCACUUGGUUGUCCAUCCAGCACCCGGAAAUGCAACUGGAACAUUAGUUAAUGGAAUUCUUCACCAUUGUAGGCUUUCUACUGUAAGUUUCAAUCCAGAAUCUUUACCUGAGGUUGAUGAUGACUCGGGGGAUGAGAUUAGUGCAUUAUCUUUAGAUGGAGGUAUUGGUUUUGGCCUGCCCGAGGCCUCUGUACGUCCUGGAAUUGUGCAUAGAUUAGAUAAAGGGACCAGUGGGUUGCUUGUCAUUGGGAAGGAUGAACAUUCUCAUUCCCAUCUUUCUGAACAGUUCAAGAAACGGACUAUAAAGAGAGUUUACGUUAGUCUUACUUGUGGAGUGCCGACACCACUCUCUGGGCGUGUUGAUGUACCAGUAGGCCGUGAUGUGAAUAACAGGAUUCGUAUGAUAGCUACUCCUGGAUCUGCUACCCAGGGACGAGCCCGUCAUGCUGUUAGUGGUUGGAAUAUGACAUCUAUUUUAAAUAGUAAAGCAUCAUUUCACAGUAACCCUUUAUAUCCAAUAUCUGACUGCAAUGACACCUAUGGACCUUCUCUUGGCCAGAAAAAUAUUUUUUCUGGUGUCAAAACUGAGGAUAACAUUCAAUCAAACAGCAGAAAGUCGGUACUUGAUUAUUGUGGUUCCGCAAACAUCAAUUUGACUAGUGAAGAUACAGCUCAUUCAAGAACUUACCCAGACCCACUACAACUGCUAAGUGGAAGUACCAGACUAUCACUUUCUCAUGCAAAGCAAAUUCAUGCCCAACUCCUCAGAACAAGUCUGUAUGAUUCUCCUCAUUAUAGAACAAAGCUCCUCUUGCACUACUCCAAACACGUUCAGUUUUCUAACACCAAGAACCUUCUCCACUGCUUGAGGCUAGAUCUCUUCUCAUUCACUACCCUCAUAAAUGCAUCCUCCAAAGAUAAUGAUUUUAAGACAACUCUUCAUUUAUUUCAUCAAAUGCUUAUUGCUGGGCUUUACCCAGAUUCCCAUCUUUUGCCAAGUGUUGUCAAGGCGUGUGCUGGUUUAUUGGCUCCUAGAAUUGGAAGGCAAGUCCAUGGGUUCUCUUUAGCAUCUGGGCUCUCUUGGGAUCCUUUCGUGGAGUCUUCCUUAAUUCAUUUUUAUAUAAAAUGUGAUGAUUUAGUUAGUGCCCACAAGGUGUUUGAUAACAUGGUGGGGAGUGAUGUUGUUUCUUGGAGCGCAUUGGCUGCUGGUUAUGCAAGGAAAGGUGAUGUAGUUAAUGCAAAAAAGGUUUUUAACGAGGUUAAAAAUCUUGGUUUUGAACCAAAUAUUGUGUCUUGGAAUGGUAUGAUCGCGGGUUUCAAUCAAAGUGGGUGUUUCCUCCAGGCAGUUUCAAUGUUUCAACAGAUGCAUUAUCAUGGUUUUACACCGGAUGGAACUGGAAUUUCUAGUGUUCUUCCUGCAGUAGGUGACUUGGGCUAUUUAAAUGCAGGCAAACAAGUUCAUGGACUUGUAAUCAAGACUGGUUUUGGUGUAGAUAAGUGUAUUGUAAGUGCACUUAUUGACAUGUAUAGCAAGUGUGGGUGUCCUCAAGAGAUGUUACAUGCAUUUGAGGAUACAGAUCAAGUGGAUGUUGGCGCCUGCAAUGCUUUCAUAGCAGGCCUCACUCGACAUGGUCUUGUUGACAAAGCACUGCUGGUGUUUAAAGAACACAGGGCCCGUGGAAUGGAAUUGAAUGUUGUUUCAUGGACGUCAGUAAUAGCUUGUUGCUCACAGCACGGUAAAGAUAUUGAGGCUUUGGAGCUUUUCAGAGAAAUGCAGGCUGCUGGUGUCAAACCAAAUGCAGUGACCAUUCCUUGCUUGCUUCCUGCUUGUGGGAAUAUCGCAGCACUUAUGCAUGGGAAGGCUGCACACUGCUUUUCUCUCAGAAGGUACAUUACAGAUGAUGUUUAUGUAGCCAGUGCACUGAUAGAUAUGUAUGCCAAUUGUGGAAAGAUCAAAGAAGCUCGAUGUUGCUUUGAUAGGAUGCCUGCCCGUAAUUUGGUUUGCUGGAAUGCUAUGCUGGGCGGAUAUGCAAUGCAUGGAAAGGCAAAGGAAGCCAUCCAAAUUUUUUUCUGGCUGCAGAAGAGUGGACAGAAACCGGAUUCUGUUAGUUUCACGAGUCUCCUAUCUGCAUGUAGUCAAAGUGGCCUUACAGAAGAAGGGUAUCAAUACUUUGAAAGCAUGUCCAAAGAUCAUGGUGUAGAACCUAGAAUAGAGCAUUAUGCUUGUAUUGUGAGUCUGCUUGGUCGUGCAGGCAAGCUUGAAGAAGCCUACUCCCUGAUUACAAAAAUGCCAUAUGACCCUGAUGCUUGUGUUUGGGGUGCAUUGUUAAGUUCCUGUAGACUUCAUCAUAAUAUGAGCUUGGGUGAGGUAGCGGCUGCUAAAUUGUUUGAAUUAGAACCCGUGAAUCCUGGAAACUACAUUCUGCUGUCGAAUAUUUAUGCUUCUAAGGGAAAAUGGAAAGAUGUAGAUAAAGUCAGAGAUAUAAUGAGGGAGAAGGGACUAAAGAAGAAUCCUGGCUGCAGUUGGAUUGAGGUCAAGAACAAAGUACACAUGAUUUUGGCAGGUGACAAAUCACUUCCUCAAAUGGCUCAAAUCCUGGAUAGAUUAGCUAAAUUUAGUGCAGAAAUGAAGAGAGCAGGUUGCUUGCCAAAAACGGAUUGGGUGCUACAAGAUGUGGAGGAACAGGAGAAGGAGCAUAUCUUAUGUGGCCACAGUGAGAAGUUGGCUGUCAUUUUUGGUAUUCUUAAUACUGCUGAAGGAUCUUCUCUUAGGGUAACUAAAAACCUAAGAAUUUGUGGAGAUUGCCAUGCUGUUAUAAAAUUUAUAUCUAGGUCUGAGAGGAGAGAGAUUUUUGUCAGAGACACAAACCGGUAUCACCACUUCAAAGAUGGUGAGUGCUCAUGCCAGGAUUACUGGUGAUGGAGUUGGGAUUCCUCACUUGUACUAUUUUGAGUUUUCUUAUUGAGUUGGAGCAGUCACAUUAGUAGAGAACUAGGCGCUGCCCUUGGGCUUGCAACCUUGUUUACCAUCUGGUGAGUCUUCUUUAUGUUGAAGCCUUUAAUGCUAGCUUUUUCCUGUUAUAGUUCUGUGUCAAUGUGUAAUAUUAGCCCUUUGCCUCUGCACUUUCUAUGGCUUGGUGGUAAACUCAAUUCUCCUGCUUCUCUUAUCCUGUUUGGGCAUUUUGAGAAUGCCAGAUUUUAGAAGAGAUAUCUGGUAUCAAGUGGUUUGCCAUUCCAGUACUUGAUUUCUAAUGUUCCAUCCAACAAGGUUUAUAUACACAAGACCAACUCUGGGGCAUGUUUGCUAAGUAUUGUUGAAAUGCUGAACUGUAUACUGAUGUUUAAUGAAAGAAAAAGAUCAUUCGGCCAAUUGGGUGCAGGUGGUAGGUCUGCAAGACCAAGUCGGUUCCCUUAUUGCUUGGUUACUGCCUUCAGUGCACCAGGCUCUCAAGCAAGUUGCUUUUGCUCAAUUUCCGGGGUUUAUUUAAUUAGAUCAUGGAGAUGACUUUUAAACUGGUUAUCUCAUUUGCAAGAGAAUUUGCCAUUCUCAGCUUCUUGUUUUCCACUGAAAGUGGAAUUGCAAUAUCUUUUGACACUUGCAGAGAUUCUUCUUUCAUGAUGGAGACAAUUGGUUGUCAUAUAUAGCAACUUCAGUGUCGUGGUCGACCUAGAGCAGUAAAGAUGGAAGUUCACGGCUGACAUGCUGCCCAAGCCAACACAUACUCCAUUUUUAUUGUCAAGAGCUGUACUCGCAUCCGCUAGUUAUCAUACAAUAUAUACCAAUUCCUUACCAAUUUGCUAAAUGUUUAUUGAAAACUGAAUAGUCAUUAUUACUAAGGUACAAAGUAAUUGAAAUACUCGCCGGUGGUGGUUGUGCAUUAGUGGAAUGGAGGUUAGAAACCGGACGAACUCAUCAGAUACGAGCUCAUGCAAAGUAUCUCGGUGUUCCACUCAUGGGAGACGACGUGUAUGGAGGAAC